CAUCUGAGCUAACUAAUAAAAGAAAAUACCAUAUAUCUGAAAAUAGAUAACUCAAACCUUAAAGUCAUAGUUUAAAUUGAAAAAUACCACAUAUUUUGUAUGGGAGAAGGUGACAAAAGAAAUGCUAACGUCAUGAAGGUGAUGUCACAGUUAUGAUCUUUUUAGUUUAAGCAUCUUGUUCGUCAUUAUGGGCACAUCAAUUUCACCAAAAGAGAAAAGAAAAAAGAGAAAAUAAAAGAGUAGCUUAAACACAAUCCUUUUGAGUAGCGAGAGAAAGCAUUCCCACACAAAAACAUCACUUACGUAUUCUUAAAUUUUGAAGACUCUCAAAUAUAAAGAAAUAGAAAAUGGGAGAGAUGGUUGAAGAGGUGCCUCUCCAUAGCCAUGGCGUCAACUAUGUCCCGAGCCCGAGCCCUCUGUCGUCCCUUCAUGUCAUCACUAUUGCAGCGGGUGGCUCGAUGAGAGAGACACCGACAAGUACAGACAACAACCAUGAUAAUAUUAGCCACGCAGAGGCCAAUCCACAAGAUGCUUGGCUACCUGUUACAGAAUCAAGAAAUGGCAACACUUGCACUUCCAUAUUUCAUUUGCUUUCUUCUGGAAUUGGGUUUCAAGCUCUUCUGCUUCCCGUUGCCUUCUCCACUCUGGGAUGUCAGCUGAAGUAUUGCAGGUCAUGGGGCAUCAUAUGUUUAUCACUAGCAUUUGGAUGGCAGCUCUAUACAAUAUGGCUUCUCCUUCAUCUUCACGAGCAUGUCCCUGGAACACGCUAUAGCAGAUAUCUUCAACUUUCCAUCGUUGCCUUUGGUCCAAAAAUAGGGAAGGUGCUAGCAAUAUUCCCAGUAAUGUACUUAUCAGGAGGCACAUGUGUGGUACUGAUUAUAACAGGAAGUAAGAUAAUGGAGCUUUUAUUUGAAACAAUACAUAACAGUGAAUCCAAGUCAUUGGCUGGGACUGGGUGGUUCUUCGUUUUCACUUGUUUAGCUAUAAUCUUGGCUCAACGUCCUAACUUGAAUUCCAUUGCUGGGAUCUCUCUCAUUGCUGCAAUUACAGCCUUUGGAUAUUACACCCUAAUUUGGGUAUCAACUGUCUCCAAGGAUAGACCUACUGGUACUUCUCAUUCCCCAUUACAAGCAGGCAGAUUUGAUAUGGCUAGACUUAGUGACAUCUUGAUUGCGCUUGGGAUCAUCAUGCUUUCUUUUAGGGGUCACAAUCUCAUUCUUGAGAUUCAGGGGACACUACCAUCUAGUUCAAAACAUCCAUCGUAUAAACCAAUGUGGAGAGCAGUGCUCAUAUCUUACAUUCUGAUAGCUAUGUGCUUAUUUCCCCUUGUAAUAGUAGGCUUUUGGGCUUACGGAAAUAAGUUACCUAAAAAAAUAGGAAGCAUGAGCAUGUUCUUGCAAUUCUACAGCCAAAAUGCCUCAAAAUCCAUAAAGAUCACACUAUAUAGUUUGGUACUUGCAAACUGCUUAAGUUCAUUCCAAAUCUAUGCAGUACCAGUUUUUGACAAUUUGGAAUUGAGAUACACUAGCAUCAAGAACAAAAGAUGCUCGCGCCGGAUUCGGACAGCUCUGCGCCUAUUUUUUGGAGGAUUAGCAUUCUUUGUGGCAGUCGCAUUCCCAUUUUUACCAAGUCUAGCAGCUAUAAUAGGAGGAAUGGCAUUACCUCUAACAUUUGUGUAUCCUUGCUUCAUGUGGAUUUCAAUCAAGAAACCUGAUAAGGACCUGCAAACUGAGGAGGUGCUAGAAGUUGGUAGAUUACCAAGGAUAUUAUACAUCCUAGACAAGUUUUCUUUCACUCCUAAGGUUUUAAAACUAAAUACUUUACUUUGUAAUUUAGUAAACAUGAGUGAAACUUGAUCUAUACCAUCAAAAGUUACAUACUCUUGUUUGAACCUUUUCUCAUCGAUAAUAUUACAGAACAAACUAUGUCUAUUAGGCACAAAAGACUUGAUCAUGGAUCUAUUACAGUCCUUAAGCAUUUGCUCUUCA